UUAUGUUAAUUAUUACAAAACCAUACUAGAAACCAAAGAAAUUCAAUCAAUAGAAAUCGAAUCUAAAGACUCUUUCAUGAGGUUUGCAAAUGAUGUAAUUGCAACAUGUGCAUUAGGCAUCGAAUGUGAUUCAUUACAAAAUCCCACUAACGAAAUGUACAAAAUGGCAUUAGCUUCGCGCCCCGUUGGAUUUGUAAGGACUUUGAAGUUUUUGAUAGCACUGAAUAUACCAAAACUAUCAAAAUACAUUAAUGCUGACUUUUUCUCAAAGAACGUACGCAGUUUCUUUAUCAACUUAGUCAAAACAACUGUUCAAAAGCGAGAAGAAAAUAAUAUUCAUCGAUCAGAUAUGAUCGAUUUGUUAAUUGAAGCUAGAAAUAAAAAUUCAAAUUUAAAUUGGACUUAUGAAACAAUGACAGCUCAAGUGAUGGUGUUUUUUAUGGCUGGUUUUGAUACAAUUUCCACAGCACUCAGCUUUUGUUGCUAUGAACUAGCAUUAAAUCCAGUAAUUCAGGAAAAACUACAUCAAGAAAUUUUAAAUACGUUAUACAGCAAUAACAACAAAUUAAACUAUGAUAUUAUAAAGCGUAUGACAUAUUUAGAUAUGGUAAUAUCAGAAUCACUGAGAAAAUGGCCGCCUGCUCUCUUAGUAGGACGGUGUUGCACUCAAGCGCAUAAAAUUCCACCUCUCAGAGAUAACGAAGUUGAAGUACUCUUGAAUGCAGGUGACAAAGUGCUCAUAUCAGUGUUUGGAAUCCAUCGAGAUGAUCAAAUCUAUCCGGAUCCAGAUUGUUUUGACCCUGAAAGAUUCACCGAGGUGAACAAAAAGUCAAGAAAUCCUUAUUGUUACUUACCGUUUGGCUUGGGGCCGAGAAAUUGCGUUGCUGCAAGAUUUGCACUCAUGGAAAUGAAAACAAUGUUAGUUCAAUUAUUAAUUAAUUUUGAGAUUGUAACAACUGAUAAAACACAGAUUCCACUAAAAAUUGGUAAAGCCCACAUGAGUCUAUCAUCAGAAAAAUGUAUUUGGUUAGGUUUAAAGGCAAGAAAAACCGAAAAUCGUUAA